AAGAAGAAGAAGAAGAAGAAAAGGCGUGGCCCUCUUUAACCGCAUGAGAACAUCCGCAGAACUCAGUAUUUGUCUUUAAAUCUGCCUUCAUCUUUCAUUUGCACCUUUAUGCCAAAUCGUCUACCACACUUGUUGAUGUUUGCUGUGAGGACAAAACUGGACUCGUCUCAGUCAACUCUGAAGGCUAGCUUAGCUUGCUAGUUAGCUUAGCGUGUUAGCUGCUAACAAAGUCAUCAAUACAUCGCUAAGCAGAGAUUAGCUGUGACUACUUUAAGGUGUGUGAACAUGUGUCAACUACAAAUGUUGAGAGUGUUGGUGAAUCAGCGACUAAAUGCUGCUGUUGAAGAAAUAUUCCUAGUGUUCCAAAGAACCAUCGCACAAUACGAGGCGGAACUUUCUCGAACCAAAGAGGAGAACCAUCAACUACUGGACGCUGUUUGCAAGAAACAUCAACUUCAAGACGUCCGUGAAGAACAUCUUCUCCCUGAGCAGCAGGAGUGGACGGAGCAAGAGGAGCCACAGACCCUGCGCAUCAAAGAGGAAGAGGAGGAACACAGCAUCAGUCAGGAGUUCCCAGUGACCGGUGUGGUUGUGAAGAGUGAAGAUGAUGAGGUCAAAGGUGAAAGUGAGGAGGAGCCUCCAAGAGAAGCUGAUGGAGACCACUGUGGAGGACCACCAACAAACAAGUUUGUAGCUCCACUAUCAAGGUCGCACUCUCCUGACACUGAUGAAGCUGGUCAAACACGUCACACUGACAACACACACUCGAAAUGUUCUCACUGUGACAAAACUUUUAAAUACCGCAGUUAUCUGAGAAUACACAUGAGAACGCACACUGGAGAGAAACCGUUCAUGUGCUCAGUUUGUUGCAAAAGAUUCUCUCUAAAGGAGAAUUUGAAAAAACACACAAGACUACACACUGGAGAGAAACCAUUCAUGUGCUUAAUUUGUAGUAAACGAUUCACCAGGAAGGCACAUUUGAUAUUCCACACAAGUAUACACACUGGUGUAAGACCCUUUAGUUGUUCAGUCUGUGGUAAAGGUUAUAUGCAAAAUGCUGAUUUGACAGUACACAUGCGAAAACACACUGGUGAAAAACCAUUUUCCUGUCCAAACUGCAACAAAAGCUUUUGUUACCGAUCAGCACUUGUAAGACACAUGAGGAGACACACAGGCGAGAAAGCAUCGAGUUGCAGUUUGAAAGGUUCUCCUAUAAGUACCAGUGUAAGGAACACAUGUUCCAAAUCAACUGUCAAAACAUGAACUAACAGCAUCAACACUUCUAGCAUGUGUGGAACAAUCUUCUACCACGUAUUAUUAGAUUGUUGUGGAUUUAGGCUUUAUUUCAGCCAAGUACAUGCAUUAAUAUUUGUUCAAAAAUAAAAAAUGUUAUUAGAAUGAAAACGUGUAAGCUUAAGCAUGAACUGAGUUUGCUUACAUUUAUAUUCCAUCCAUCCAUGUUUACCCCUUGUACCUUUCACUUGAAGAAAUGAUAUUAUAUAUGUAUAUGUAUACAUAUGUAGAUACAUGUAUGUGAUGAUGAAACAAAAAUGGAGCUGUCUGGCCACAAUACCCAGCAAUAUGUUUGGAGGAGAAAAGGUGAGGCCUUUAAUCCCAGGAACACCAAGCCUACCGUCAAGCAUGGUGGUGGUAGUAUUAUGCUCUGGGCCUGUUUUGCUGCCAAUGGAACUGCUGCUUUAAAUGGGACAAUGAAAAAGGAGGAUUAGCUCCAAAUUGUUCAAGACAAUCUAAAAUCAUCAGCCCGGAGGUUGGGUCUUGGGCGCAGUUGGGUGUUCCAACAGGACAAUGACCCCAAACACACCUCAAAAGUGGUAAAGGAAUGGCUAAAUCAAUGAAGGUUUUAGAAUGGCCUUCCCAAAGUCCUGACUUAAACGUGUGGACAAUGCUGAAGAAACAAGUCCAUGUCAGAAAAUUAGCUGAACUGCACCAAUUUUGUCAAGAGGAGUGGUCAAAAAUUUAAGCAGAAGCUCGUGGAUGGCUACCAAAAGCGCCUUAUUGCAGGUCAACUUGCCAAGGGACAUGUAAGCAAAUAUUAACAUUGCUGUAUGUAUACUUUUCACCCUCACAUUUUCAGUAGAUCCAUAAUAAAUUCAUCAAAGAAGCAAACUUCAUGAAUGUUU